AUGAAACGAACAUUUGAAAAAGGAUACUUGCCGAAUUUCUCGAAAGAGAUUUUUACAAUAAGCAAACAAAUACCACGUGAUCCUCCAGUGUACAAGCUAAAAGAUCUGGACGGUGAAGAACUCAAAGGAACAUUUUACGAAAAGGAGCUGCAAAAGAUCAUUAAGGAAGAUGACGUCUACGAAAUUGAAAAAGUUCUGAAGAAACGUGGACGAGGCAAUAAUGUACAUUAUCUUGUAAAAUGGUUAGGGUACCCCAAUAAAUUUAACACGUGGGUACCCGCUUCUGAAAUAAAUAAGAUUUAA